ACAUUCAAUCAAAAACAGCAACAGCUUUCGCUGCCCGAGAGAAAGAGCGAGUGAAAAUCCAGCGAGUCCACAGAGAAGUUUCCUCAAUUUCCGAACGCAUCUGCGACUGUGAGCUCGGGCUUCCUGUGGCUCGAUUUCAGGCGCAGGAUAUUCGUUUAGCUGCCGACGCAAGAUGCCGAUGCCGAUGCCAAGGAUGCUGGCCGGGCUCUAACGAAUUUCCCCACAUUUCAGUCUUCGUUUGCCGAGCGUCGUGCGCGCAAGUAUCCCUCAGAUACGCGGAUAGACGGCCUCCAAAAAAAUAAAAAAAAAACAACAAGAUAUACUUAAAAAGAAAAAAAGAGCAAACCUGAGGAAAAAACAAUACAGUACCAUCAGUGCUAGGGAAAAUGUUACAACCAAAGCCGAGGGCAAAUGAAAAGGAAACGGAAACGUGAAAAGUGUAACUGAAAACUUCAUUAUUUUCUUCACACCGCAAAGAAAAACAUAUUUUCCUCGGCACUAUACAUAAUUCAAAGGCAGCAGCAGCUUUUGGAAAAUUCGGAUACCCCAAAAAUGAGUGCGUUAUGAAUCGAGCGAAGGUGGCAAUUAAUUAGGAACGAAAAAAAACACACACACACCCUCACCUGUGGGUGAGAGCUUUAGCAAUGAGCUGCCUCCACUUGAAGAACUUCAAAUGCGCCGAGUGGUCGCAAUCGUUACCAAGGAGUUAAGCACCUGAAUAUCAUAGCAUAGGAACACGCCACACUUGAAGUCAUUUUCCGGGAAGAAUUCUUCUCCUGAAGUCUAUCGAAAAAAGUGGUUUAACAGGGAAUCUCAGCAUGCCACCGAUCAGGCAGCUGGUGGUGGUGGUGCCAGUGGUUCUGGCUCUCCUGUCCCUCCUGGUGGAUCCCUCGUUCGCCCAGCGACCGCUGAUCAUGAACCACACCUUCAGCUCGCUGCCCAUGUCCCAGCAUCCGAGCUUCAACAGUUGGCCAGGUGCCACGGCGGGAAAACAACUGCGCAAUGGGAGGCUCCAUGAGCAGCCUCUGCCCCUGCCUCAACCCACUUUGCCGGUGGCCACGCAGUACGAGGAUUACGAGGCGGCUCCGCCAGGAUCUCGGAGGGAUAACAAGCGGCGACUGGCCCAAAUGGCCCAGCGUCCCGGAAGCGGAAAUGGCGGUCGACGCGGCAUGGAGUCGCUGCGGAAGGAGCUCAUGAAUCCCUCGGUGGGUGGUCCGGGUGGUGGCAUUUCCGGUGCCAGUGCCGGCUAUCCUUCGUACUCCGCCACCUCCUCCAUUGGUCGCAUCGAUGGUUUGGGCCAGGGCAUUGGAUCCGCGGAUCGCUAUGGAGCCCUCUACGAGCUGAAGCAGCCCAGUGGCAUGGCCGCCAUGACAGCCGGUCCCCUGGGAGGACCCUACUCCACCAGACUACCUCCUCUCUACGCCGGUGUGGAUGACCAGCCCAAGCGCUUCAAUCAGCGGAAGAACUCCAUCAGCGAGCUGUACAAACUGAAGAAGGCCCUCAACCAAGCGGAUGAGCCCGCUGGCGGGGUCACACACGGAAACUUCGAGGGGGACCCACAGCCUUCGUCGGCCGACCCGCUGCAGGAAAUCAAGGACCGCAUCCGAGACACAUCUCCAAAUGCGAACACCUACGCUCCCCACACGGAUGCCACGCCUUCGUCGGAGUACGAGUAUGAACUGGGCGUAAAGUGCAAUUUCGAGACCCCUUGCUCCUGGACCUGGGGCAACUACACGGACGGUUUCCAAGUUAUAUCUGGCAUGGAGUUGUUCAAGAAGAACCUCACAGGACUACUGCCAGGGCCCACAGCCGAUAGUAUCGAUGAUGCGAACGGGAAGUUCCUGUACGCCCGCGUGAUCCCGAACUCGAAGCCUCUGAAUCUCACCUCUCCGGAAUUCAGUACCACCAUGGAGAAGUGCUUUCUGGAGGUGUACAUGCACCAAAGCGACAUGAGUCACGGACUCUCCAGGGUGGUGGUGGAACCCCUCCACACAUCCGAGAGCAGUUGGGUUCCGGCCGAGAUCCUGGGCGACAAUCAGCGCCAAUGGACGAGGAAGGUAUAUCGCCUGGGACGCGUUUCCCGCGAUUUCCGCAUCGUUUUCGAGGUGGUUCCCGAACUGCGACCAGGACAGAAGGGUCAUGUGGCGCUGGACAAUUUGCGGAUGGUAAACUGCUUCCCCGAGGGCACCAAGUCCGAGAAGUGCAGCACCUCGCAGGUCAAGUGCACUGCCAACAAGGUGCCCGUGUGCAUCCAUCUUCCCAGAAUCUGCGAUAUUACCAGGGAUUGCGAUGAUGCGGAGGAUGAGCAGCAGUCGUGUGAUAAAAUACCCUAUGGUGGUCGAUGUGACUUCGAGGAGGACUGGUGUGGUUGGCGGGACUCGGGAAAGACUACAUUGACCUGGUCGCGGCACACGGGAUCCUCACCCACCCACGACACCGGACCGGAUGGAGAUCACACGAUGCAGCAUCUGCAGAACAACACCAGUGGAUACUACAUGCUGGUCAAUAUGAACCAGCACCAGAACAACACCGAAAAGAACUCGAUCAUAGGAUUUGCCAGUAAUGCCAUAAUGGUCAGCAAGACCUUCAAUCCGCCGCCUUCUGUCCAUGGAAACCCGGACUCUGCCUAUCGCAACUCCUGCGUGGUGAGGUUCUUCAUCCACCAGUUCGGCAAGAAUCCGGGCAGCAUCAAUCUCUCCGUGGUGGAGAUGAAGGAGAAGGAGAACAUCACCACCACACUGUGGUGGAGCACCAAAAACCAGGGCAGCGAUUGGCUGAGGGCGGAAUAUGUACUGCCUAAUAUAACGUCCAAAUACUAUCUUCAAUUCGAAGCUCGCAUGGGCAUGAGAAUCUACUCGGAUGUGGCUGUGGACGACUUCUCUCUGAGUCCAGAAUGCUUUGGCCUCAAUAUCCCAGCAGAUCACCUGGGUGGCUACAACUACUGGGAUGUGCGGCAGAAUCUGAAGAGUCCCUCCUACAAAGACUUUGAGCACACCAACUAUCUUGAGCUAACCAGCUGCGAUACCCGUGGCAUGAUAGGACCUUCGCAGUCGCAGUGUGAAGCGUCCUACAGGGAGCAGAAUAAAACACAUGUCCUGCGAGAAGUCCAUGUGGUGGAGGACCAGAGCAGCUACAAGGGCAUGCAAAAGUGGAAGGUUCCCCACGAGGGGCACUACACAAUCAUUGCCAAGGGCGCCAGUGGAGGUCUGGGUUCGGGUGGCGUUGGCAGCUCUCGAGGAUCAGUGGCUGUGGCUGUUUUGGAGCUCCAUAAGCACGAGGAGCUCUACUUCCUUGUGGGUCAGCAAGGCGAGAAUGCCUGCAUCAAGUCCAUGGGAGUUCUCAAGGAGCCUGGCUGCGGUACCGAUCACGACCUGGAUUUGGGCCAAUAUAGCUUCCGCUCCAAGCAGGAUAUGGUCAAGAACAUCUAUAUCGAGAAUGGUGCCGGCGGCGGUGGUGGUGGCUCCUACGUGUUCCUCCUCAACCAGGCCAAAAACGAGGCAGUUCCUCUUUUGGUGGCUGGAGGCGGAGGAGGUCUUGGUAUUGGCCAGUACAUAGACGAGGACUUCCAGCAUGGUCAGAAGGCUAAGCCCCUGCAGGCGCCAGAAAGUGGACAGAUCAACGGAGAGCCACUGAACAAGAAGACCGCUGGCCCAGGUGGCGGAUGGAGGGCCAAGGAGGACCAGGCCCUGAGUCCCACCUACGGGGCAGCUCUACUUCAGGGCGGUCGGGGUGGCCACUCCUGCUAUGUGGAACUGGCGGACAAUGGAACCUCCGUUCACCGACAUGGCCAAGGUGGCUUCGGAGGCGGCGGAGGUGGCUGCAAUACCGGAGGAGGAGGUGGUGGCUACGCCGGUGGGGAUGUCUAUCUGACUGAGUCGAAUGGCGAGGGCGGUAGCUCCUACAUCAGUCCCAGUCGAAGUCUCCGCGAGAUUAGCGAAAUACAUGCGGGUGCCAGCAGUGGUCCAGGUGCCAUCAUCAUCAUUCCGGCCAUUGAGGGCUGCGGCUGCGACUACAGGUGUGUGGCCCUGGACGAGUUCCGGUCGAAGGUGCGGUGCAUCUGCCCGGAUGGCUGGAGCUUAAAGAGGGACAACCACACCGCCUGCGAGAUCCGCGAAGAGGCCAAGUCAUCCUACCAGUACCUCGUCUCCAUCCUGAUGGUCUCGCUGGCCGUGCUCUUCAUCUCCAUUGCGGCACUUAUCUUUAUGCUGUACAAUCGCUAUCAACGAAAGAAGCAGUCGAAAAAGCGCCACAAGAUGCUCGUAGAGCAGGAUCUUCAGCUAACACGAUUGCGCAACAAUAUCGAUGACUCCAAUCUGAACAACUUCAAUCCCAACUAUGGAUGCGAUGGCAUCCUCAAUGGUCACAUUGAUGUCAACAGCUUACCACAAGUGGCUCGCGACAGCCUACAGUUGGUCAAUGCCCUGGGCAAAGGAGCGUUUGGAGAGGUGUAUAUGGCCUUAUAUCGCCAUCGGGACGGAGAUGCUGUGGAAAUGGGCGUGGCAGUGAAGACCCUGCGCGAAGAUCCCAAGCGGGAGAAGGAGGAGGACUUCCUGAAGGAGGCAGCCAUCAUGGCCAAGUUCAAUCACCCGAACAUGGUGCACUUAAUCGGCGUAUGCUUCGACCGUCAGCCGUACUAUAUAGUCCUGGAACUGCUCGCCGGCGGGGACCUGCAGAAGUUCUUGAGGGAGAAUAGGAACACCCCAGAACGACCUUCCCUGUUGACCAUGAAGGAUCUGCUCUUCUGCGCCUUGGACGUGGCCAAGGGAUGUCGCUAUAUGGAGAGCAAGCGAUUCAUCCAUCGGGACAUUGCCGCCAGGAACUGUCUGCUGAGCAGUAAGGGUCCAGGCCGAGUGGUGAAGAUCGCCGACUUCGGCAUGUCCCGGGAUAUCUACAGAUCGGACUACUAUCGCAAGGGAGGCAAGGCCAUGUUGCCCAUCAAGUGGAUGCCUCCGGAGGCCUUCCUCGAUGGCAUAUUCACCUCGAAGACGGAUGUCUGGUCCUUUGGCAUUCUCCUGUGGGAGGUCUUCAGUCUAGGCCGUUCGCCAUAUCCAGGUCAGCAUAAUACCCAGGUGAUGGAGCUGGUGGUGCGUGGCGGUCGACUGGGGUCACCCACCGAGUGUCCCGUCUCCAUCUACAAGGUCAUGGCCGACUGCUGGAAUCCCACACCCGAGGAUCGGCCCACUUUCAUCACCCUGCUGGAGCACCUGACCGCCUGCACCCAGGAUGCGAGCAUAAUGAAUGCCCCCCUGCCCAAUAUCCUAGGACCCACGGCCUCCGAAAGGGACGACACCGUUAUCCGGCCGCCCAACGGCGAGGAGUUCUGCCUGGCGGUGCCGGACUACCUGGUGCCCCUGCCACCGGGUGGCAGCAGUAAUCCCUCUGUGGCCAGUGGUUCGGGCUAUGUUCCGGAAUCGCAGCGCCAGCAGAUGAGCUCCUGCACCCCGCCGGCGGUCACCUCUCCCGCUGCCCCGCAUCCCAGGCCGGUGGAGAAUCUCCCGCCGACCAGUGGUGACUGCUGGGAGACCUCCUUCAUACUACCGAACUCCAAGGUAGAGCCACCGGUGGCUGGGAGUGGCCACGACGUCCCACUGGCCGCCGGGGAGGAGGCCAAGCUGAUCAGCCUGGACACACCGCAGCCCACUCCUACCACCAUCCAGCCACCGCUGUCCUUCGCCUCGCAGCUGGACGGGAUCACGCUGGAUCCCUCGGCGCUGACCAAGGGUCUGCCCAACGGCAGUGCCAAGCAGUCGUACGCCAAUGUGCAGGUGAAGAGCGAUGCCGAGGGAAAGCCCCUCAACGGGGUGGUGGUGCCCAAUGGAACGGUGAUGAACGGGGAGGUCUCCACGGGAUCGGGUGGUGCCGAUUCGCCCUUCACCAUCCAGGGAUACGCGGAGCGCUACAAGGACAACAACAAUCAUUCCGAAAUCAGUUGUUAAACGGGCCCUCGGCAAUAUGGUAUCCCAAGAUCAGGAUUAUACCUUAAAAGUCAAUAACUCAGUUUUCCAAAUUAAUUGUUUCAUGAUUUUUUGAGAAGAUUUUUAAAAUCUUUUACCAAAAAUUACAGGUCAAAGAUCUACUAAUUAACAAUCCAAAUACAAAGGCUUUUGAGGUAUAUUCCUGAUCUUGGUCAGCAUCUUUAUCGCUCGAAAUUUGUCUUGUUUGGGGCAAUCACAAUUUGCUUGCGCCUCACCAGCGCUCUAAAUAUAUUUAUUCUCGAAUCAUAAAAUGAGAAAAACCAAAACAAUUGGUCUAACAGAAACCGAGUGAGAACUUCACAAACAAAAUUGUAUUGUAAUUUAAUCUUAAAUUUGUAUUGCGUAAAAACAAACAAAAAACCAAAGUCGGAUAACAAGAAACUGCAAGUAACAUAUAAACUUAGUUGAUAUAAAUAGUUUAGUUUUUUACCAGAUAUUAGUUUUGCGAAAAAAGAAAACAAAAAGUAAGUGAAGUAAAAGAACAUUUUGCGAGAGGUUGUAUAUAUUAAUUGUAUCUAAGUUUUACACUUGCCCUUAGUUUAAUUUGACUAUUUUUUUUACAUCUUUAGUUACCAUACCCUUAGUUAACGUUUUAAGCUGAUGACUGAAAUGCCAAACAAUAUUCCUAAAGUAAACAAAAAGUAAAGAACGAAACGAUAGCUUAUU